AUGGCGGCCUUCUCAGCCACGAUAUCCGGCUCCUCAUGCUUCCUCUCAUCUACCUCAUUGCCUAAGCGGAAGAUCCUGUUUCUUCUCCUUCUCCUCAAUGCCGCUCCUUUCCUCUUCCCAAGCCUUUUCCUCUUUACAGAAAGAGGGAAGUCAUUAACUAUCUGUGCCCAGACUUCAGUAUCAGAUAUUUCUGUAGAGAAAUCGAUGGAUGAAGUAAAUCUUCCCAAGGGAGACAUGUGGGCUGUCCAUAAGUUUGGGGGAACUUGUGUUGGGACCUCCCAGAGGAUCAAGAAUGUCGCAAAUAUAAUUAUUAGCGAUGAUUCAGAAAGAAAGUUGAUAGUGGUAUCGGCCAUGUCUAAGGUGACAGAUAUGAUGUAUGACCUUAUCAACAAGGCACAAUCAAGGGAUGAUUCCUACAUCUCUGCAUUGGAUGCUGUCUUAGAAAAACAUAAUUCUACAGCACUUGAUUUGCUUGAUGAAGAUGAUCUUGCUACUUUCUUAUCUCAACUACAUCAUGAUGUUAGUAACCUCAAAGCAAUGCUUCGUGCAAUAUAUAUAGGUUAG